UAUAAGUUUUAUAAUAUAACCUAAAAGUUAAAAUUGCACGUGAAACCAAAACGUUGUGCUGUAAUUUUAAGCAGUGCUUGUGUAUCGCGUAAACAAUGACGGAAUUAACAAUAGAUUCGGUUUAUACAAAGGGGCCGAUCUAUCCAAUGUUAAUAAACUUUCAAAACGGUUACCCGAACGAAGACUUCGAAAGUAAAUGCUCAAUCAUACAAGAGAACGGGACUAAAACGAUAGCUACUGAGCUUGAUGAGCUUGUUUACUAUGGUAAAGAGGAAAACGAAGAUUUGGGUAAGACCCUGAUACUGGCUAGAGACAGGAAAACCGGUAAAGUACGCCUUAUAGAGGUGGGCUGCGCUGAGCUCAUACCAUAUCACAAAGUCGAUUUGAAUGCAUCGCAACAGGUAACCAGCAAAUUAGAGCUGAGUAGGAAGUUCGGAUCUAAAAAACAAAAGAAGCAAAUGGAACAGAAGGAGAAAUUAAAAGUAAAUGUACAAACCGUUACGGAACAGAUGGAAAAUGUGACUGCGAAUAUUACUAUUGACCAACUAGACCUAUCUAAGUAUAAUAAGAACGAUUCUGAAGAAUUCUACAUACCACAUAUAGACAGAGAUGCGACUAAAGUUGAAGAUGUAUAUCCUGUAGAGAAAAUUAUGUCUGAAGAAGAAUAUGACAAUAUAUACACAGAACUGAAGCAAGAACAGCAUGAAGAACAUUACCAUCCAUAUAUAAAGGCUUUAGUUAAAGGCCGGACGUUGUCUCACGAGUUAAAAGUGCUGGCGGUUUACACUAGUGAGCUGCUUAAAUUUUUACAGCUCGGGUGCCACGAUAUAAGAAAAAAAGACUUUAAAGUAUGUAAUUUUUCAAACACUAUAAACAACAUUGCAAUGAAAAACUUUACGGAAUAUACUAAAGCUGUAAAUAGGUCUAGAAUUAGAUCGAUGCAGUUGAAAGAUAAGCUCAUAUGUCACAUAAUGGUGUUUGUGUUGAUAUUAAAUAAUUUUAAAGUUGAACUUGAACCUUUAUGUGCAGCUAUGAAGAUAUCGCCUAAGACUCAGCCUUGCAUCAAUAAGAUUCGUCUUAUUGGAGCAUACGUAGUACAUACGGAAGGACGUAAGAUGGUGCAAUUGAAAUUGCCGUUGGCUCCAAAAACUUCUUUCAUGAGAAGGAAAAGUACUAAGUUUUAAUUAUUUGAUAAACCUGAUUUUUAACACCCACGCAAAAAGAGGGGUGA